GGGGCCCGGGGCCAAAAGAACCAGCUACGCGAGACAAGCAUGGAGAAUGGCGAGAGGAAGAAGCUGUCUUCCGCUCCGUCGGAUGGAGAUCACAAAGAAGAAAAUAAUUUAAAACAAGGAAUCCCCCAAGAUUUGUCUUGUUCCCCCAAAUUAGACAAAUACAAAAUAGCAAGACAGUUAACAGAAAAGGCCAUCAAGGAAAAGAAGAUUUUCUCCAUCUAUGGACACUACCCUGUCAUCCGGGCCGCACUGCGAAGAAAGGGCUGGGUUGAGAAGAAGUUCCAAUUCUUGCCCAAAGUCCUUCAGAAUGUUGAAGGCGAAGAUAAUAAAGGCGCUGAGACCAAAGAAAAUCAAGAAAUCGCCCUGGAGAGAUUAGACGAUAUCCACGAUGUGAUGUCCAGGUUGGUAAAGAACGAGAUGCCAUACCUCCUCUGGACUAUCAAAAGGGACGUUGUGGACUACCAUAGCCUGACCUGUGACCAGAUGCUGAACCACUAUGGGAAGACGGCAUCAUUCACUACCAAGAUUGGACUGUGUCUGAACAUGAGGAGUCUGCCUUGGUACGUCCAGGCCAACCCCAACACCUUCUUUCCACGUUGCUAUGGCCUCUGCACUGAGAGCGAGAAGCAGGAAUUCUUGGAUGAUUUUCGGCGCACGGUGGCUUCCAGCAUCCUCAAGUGGGUAGUCAACCAACAGAAUUACUACAGCAAAGUCAAGAGCAAGAAUAAGAAAGAGGAGGCCAAGAAUGGUGACCCCAGCCCCAAGAAAGAUCCUGAAAACAAUGACCUCAAGUUCCAAGGCCUCUCGGGACAUCUUGUAGACAUAGCAUGCAAGGUGUGCCAGGCCUACCUGGGACAACUAGAGCACGAGGACAUCGAUGUGUUAGAGACCAGCACUGAGGCCUUGUCUGAGGAAGAGUGGAAUGAUCUGACACAGCAGUACUACCUCCUGGUUCAUGGCAAUGCUUUCAUCAUUGAUUGGAGAAGCUACUUUUUGCAGUGCCAGACUCUGCUGAGUAAGAUCAGCUCUGUGAACCCUCAGACAGAGAUCGACGGGAUACGGAACAUCUGGAUCAUAAAGCCCGCGGCCAAGUCCCGAGGGCGAGAUAUUGUGUGCAUGGACCGGGUGGAGAACAUCCUGGAGCUGGUGGCCACAGACAACCAGACCAUGAAGGACAACAAAUGGGUGGUUCAGAAGUACAUCGAGACUCCGAUGCUCAUCUAUGACACCAAGUUUGACAUCAGACAGUGGUUCCUCGUCACGGACUGGAAUCCCCUAACCAUCUGGUUCUACAAGGAGAGCUACCUCCGGUUCUCCACACAGCGCUUUUCCCUGGACAAGCUGGACAGCGCCAUCCACCUGUGUAACAACUCCAUCCAGAAGCGUCUCAAGAAUGACAAAGAACGCAGUCCGCUGCUGCCCGGCCAUAACAUGUGGACCAGCACCCGCUUCCAGGAGUACCUACAGAAGAGGGGCCGAGGGGGAACAUGGGGGAGCAUCAUCUACCCAUCUAUGAAAAGAGCCGUCACCAAUGCCAUGAGGGUGGCCCAGGACCACGUAGAAGCCCGUAAGAACAGCUUCGAGCUCUAUGGGGCCGACUUCAUCCUGGGUCGAGACUUCAAGCCCUGGCUCAUCGAGAUCAACUCCAGCCCCACCAUGCACCCUUCCACUCCUGUCACAGCCCAGCUCUGUGCCCAGGUGCAGGAGGAUACCAUCAAGGUUGUGGUGGACCGAAAACUGGACCGCAACUGUGACAUCGGCAACUUUGAGCUCCUGUGGAGACAGCCUGCCGUGGAGCUGCCACCGUUUAAUGGGUCUGACCUCUGUGUGGAAGGCAUCAGUGUGAAGAAAGCCAAGAAGCAAAUGCCACCCAUCACCAAUCUCAGCCUAUCAGAAUCACUCUCAGACACUCCCCUCAAAGUGCGCAGUCCCCGGGCCCUACCCGAUGCAGCGAUCGGGCCCUCCAGAACGACCCAGCGGCACGACUGGAAACGGGAAGAAGCAAAGGUACUUUCAACCACCUCAUCUGCGCCAGUAAUGGCUGCCGAGGGCAGAGGUCAAGCAAAGCCCACCCAUGCAUUCCGGCUCAGUAACUACCAACAUGUAGACACUAAGGUCCCCAAAAGCACUUUCACCAGAGCCCAAUCUACUAAACACUUGGACCUAAACUUAACAAGUGUACGGUGCCCUGCUCUGGUGCUGCAGAAAAUGAAACUAGCCAGGCUCCUUUCUCCACCGCCCGGAGCGUUAGGUAACCAUAGAGAACCUGUGCCUUUCUGUCCAAUCGGAUUUAAGGAGUUUCGGCUCCAUCUCAACCCUCAAAGACGACCUUCAAACUGCAUUCUCCAGAACAGGGCACAGGGCUGGAUCAGGGGUGUCCCCUGA